UUGCUUGAUGGACUUGGCGCGUUUUCGCGGUAGUGUGUUGCAGCAGCUCAUCCGAGCUCACGUUUGAUUAAAACCAAAAAAAAAAACAACAACAACAACAAAAAAAACAUAUUUCUUAGCUGAUUUUUUUAAGCUAGCAUAAAUCAAUAUGCACGUAAUUAAGCGAGAUGGACGCCAGGAGCGCGUUAUGUUUGAUAAGAUCACUUCCCGUAUCCAGAAGCUCUGCUAUGGACUCAAUGCUGACUUUGUUGAUCCGACUCAGAUUACCAUGAAGGUGAUCCAGGGUCUGUACAGCGGUGUGACCACUGUCGAGCUGGACACACUGGCUGCAGAGACGGCAGCCACGCUCACCACUAAACACCCAGACUAUGCCAUCCUGGCAGCCCGCAUCGCCGUGUCCAACCUGCACAAGGAGACAAAGAAGGUCUUCAGCGAUGUCAUGGAGGACCUCUACAACUUUAUUAACCCCCUGAAUGGAAGACACUCGCCUAUGAUUGCCAAGGAGACCCUUGACAUAAUCCUGGCAAAUAAGGAUCGCCUCAAUUCAGCCAUCAUCUACGACCGGGAUUUCUCCUACAACUUCUUUGGCUUCAAGACCCUGGAGCGCUCGUAUCUGCUUAAGAUCAAUGGGAAAGUUGCGGAGCGGCCUCAGCACAUGCUGAUGAGAGUUUCAGUCGGCAUCCAUAAGGAGGAUAUCGCUGCUGCCAUUGAGACCUACAACCUGCUGUCUGAGAAGUGGUUCACUCACGCCUCCCCUACGCUGUUCAACGCAGGCACCAACAGGCCUCAGCUUUCCAGUUGUUUCCUCCUGUCUAUGAGAGACGACAGCAUUGAAGGAAUCUAUGACACUCUGAAGCAAUGUGCACUCAUCUCUAAAUCUGCUGGGGGUAUCGGCGUGGCUGUGAGCUGCAUUAGAGCCACGGGCAGCUACAUUGCAGGAACAAACGGCAAUUCUAAUGGCCUGGUCCCUAUGCUCCGAGUGUACAACAACACAGCCCGCUAUGUUGACCAGGGAGGAAACAAGAGACCUGGAGCUUUUGCCAUGUAUCUGGAGCCCUGGCACUUUGACAUCUUUGACUUCCUCGAGCUGAAGAAGAACACGGGUAAAGAAGAGCAGAGAGCCAGGGACCUGUUCUACGCUCUCUGGAUCCCUGAUCUCUUCAUGAAGAGAGUAGAGACCAACGGGGACUGGUCUCUUAUGUGCCCAAACGACUGUCCGGGUCUAAAUGAAUGCUGGGGAGAAGAGUUUGAAAAGCUUUACACACGGUACGAGCAGGAGGGGAAAGCGAAGCGUGUCGUGAAGGCUCAGCAGCUGUGGUACGCCAUCAUUGAGUCUCAGACGGAGACCGGCACUCCCUACAUGUUGUACAAGGAUGCCUGCAAUCGCAAGAGCAACCAGCAGAACCUGGGUACCAUCAAAUGCAGUAACCUGUGCACGGAGAUUGUGGAGUACACCAGCAAGGAUGAGGUGGCCGUGUGCAACCUGGCGUCUCUCGCUCUGAACAUGUACGUGACACCUGAGAGAACAUUUGAUUUCCAAAAGUUGGCGUCUGUUACGAAGGUCGUUGUUAGAAACUUGAACAAAAUCAUUGACAUCAAUUAUUAUCCAGUACCAGAGGCAGAGAAAUCAAACAAACGGCACAGGCCCAUUGGCAUUGGAGUGCAGGGGCUGGCCGAUGCCUUUAUCCUGAUGCGUUUCCCUUUCGAGAGUAAUGAAGCUCAAAUGCUCAACAUACAAAUCUUUGAAACGAUCUACUACGCUGCGCUGGAGGCCAGCUGUGAGCUGGCGGCUGAACAUGGCCCGUAUGAGACCUAUGCUGGCUCUCCUGUUAGCAAGGGUAUCCUGCAGUAUGAUAUGUGGGACAGGACUCCAACAGACUUGUGGGACUGGAAGGCCCUGAAGGAGAAGAUUGCAAAGCAUGGUGUACGCAACAGUCUGCUCUUGGCUCCCAUGCCCACUGCCUCCACAGCACAGAUUCUGGGCAACAACGAGUCCAUCGAGCCCUACACCAGCAACAUCUACACCCGCCGCGUGCUGUCUGGAGAGUUUCAGAUUGUGAAUCCUCACUUGUUGAAAGAUCUCACGGAGCGAGGACUGUGGAACGAGGACAUGAAGAACCAGCUGAUUGCUCAUAAUGGAUCAAUCCAGGGAAUCUCCACAAUUCCAAGUGACCUAAAGGAGUUGUAUAAGACAGUAUGGGAGAUUUCACAGAAAGUGGUUAUUAAGAUGGCUGCAGACAGAGGAGCUUUCAUCGACCAGAGCCAGUCACUUAAUAUCCACAUCGCUGAGCCCAACUAUGGAAAACUCACCAGUAUGCACUUCUAUGGCUGGAAGCAGGGGCUUAAGACUGGUAUGUACUACCUGAGGACAAAGCCAGCUGCCAACCCCAUCCAGUUCACCCUCAACAAGGAGAAACUGAAGGUGGCGCAGGAAACCAAAAGCAGCGAGGAGGAGAUUAAGGAGAGGAACAAGGCGGCUAUGGUGUGCUCUCUGGAGAAUCGGGAUGAGUGUCUGAUGUGUGGCUCUUAGACAGUUUCUCCUUUUCCUCAUUCUGUCUUCGUUUGUUCCUGGUCAAGUAUUUAAUAAACUGAUGGAUAUCAUUGUUUCAUCAGAUAAACCAGUAUGCAUUGACCAUAUCUUUUAAGGUAUUGUAAGGGCCCUUAGGAUUGACAAAAAACUGUUUUGGACAGGGUUCAACUUUCCAAAGAUUCUGUCUGGUUUCCCUUUUAUAACUGUACAUAUGCUUUGUUUCCCAGACAUAAUGAUGAAACCUCAGUAUUUAUUUCACCUGGCUACAUGGUAUAACAAUAUGGUACAGAUUUACCUUGGUAAUGCCAAUAUUAAAGUCAUGUAUCAGACAGUACUAAUAUGAAAAAGCAGCCAGGUGAUACAUUUUGAAUAAAAUGUCUGUACUAUAACAUUUCUAGAGCCUGUAAAAAAAUGAACUGUUG